AGGGACAUAUGUCCCAACUUCCUUGUUUCCUGACUCACACCACAGUUCACUCUUUGGUGGAACCCUCAGCAGCUUUCGCGGGGCAAAGUGGGACUUUGCCUAUGGGGAGGCUGGUGCUCCUAGAAUUGGCCACUAAACUCCGGUGCCGUUCACCCAAUCUUCGGUAGACUCUGUUCAUAUUCUGGAACUCGUUUCUCGGUAUGGCACCCCCUUUGUAUUUUUUCUCGUCCGUUAGCGUCAUGCUUUGGUGUAGUUCUUCGUUCGGGGCAUCAGAGGUGUGCAAGACUUGUUCAUCUACGAGAGACUACAUCCCCUUCCAAACCGCCUCCUUUACUCCGUGUAUGGAUGAUAACAGACCGUCAAGUCCCGUGUCCAUGGUGGUGCAAAGCUCUGAUAUUCCCCUGCACAACUGUGUGGGCGAGGCCUCAAACGGAGUUCAGUCUGCCAAAAGUAACGAUUCGCACUCAACAUCAUCGCAGCUGAGGACUUGGAGGGGCUAGUUUGUAGCCUUAUCACCAUCAAAAGUGAUUGUGUGAUGAUUGUCUUCAUUAGGGUUUCCGUUUGGCGUUAUCUUGCACCUGAGCUUCCAUGCUAGCCGUCCAUACUCUAGUUUCCCGGAAACUGUUUUCAUUUUUCGGUGCAUUGAAUCGGGAAUUUAUGCGUCUUCUUCGACCAAACGUUCAAUGGUGCUCACAAUCUCACCGCUCAAGCCGGGGAUGCGGAUAACAUUCGUUUGGGUUGCAUCGAUUAUUUGGACUCCUUUGAUCCCACAACUUGAUGGGUUAUUUGGAGGGAGGUGUCUCCAUUUUAUCUUAUCACACUUAUCCACCGGUCCUAGUCACUGCGACUGACCGCAGCUUGAUGCUUCGAUUCCAAUCCUUUUGCGGAUGAAGAGAUGUGU